AUGAACAACAAAGAGAAGGCAAAGCCAGAUAAGAAUCGAUAUGGUGUUUUGAACCUUCCUCAAGAAUUGAUUCCAAGGCUCAUUGCCCAUCUGAGUGUGAAGCAUAUAAAGAGGCUAAUGGGAUGUAAUUCUCUCCUUUAUAUAAAGCUAAGAAAUGACUUCUCAUUGUGGAGAUUCUUUACAUCUGGAAGGCAUUCAAGUAUUGCCGGAUACAUUGAAGAGAUUAAGAAUAAAUAUACACUGAUGAGGAACAUAUCUCGUUCUAAGAAUGAAAGGAGCAUUGAUUUUGAGACAAACCAGUCUGACCUCACGUUUAUGCAGAUAGAUCGGGACAGGAUAAUAUGCUCUUCGGACGACCAGACCAUAAAGAUAUUUGGAAUGAACGGGAGGCUUAUAAGGACAUUUAUCGGGCACAAGGGGGGAGUGUGGACUUUUAUGUUCAACAGCAAAUAUCUUGUGAGCGGAAGUACAGAUAAGACAGCUCGGAUCUGGGAUUUGUGGACAGGAUGUACACUUUGUGUCCUUGUCGGGCAUAAGUCUGUUGUCAGGUCUCUGAAAAUAUAUGAGGACUACAUUGCAACCGGAAGCAGAGAUUCUGAAAUAAGAGUCUGGAACUUUAGAGGGACAUGUCUUAAUGUACUCAAGGGGCAUACAAUGAGUGUCAGAUGCAUGGACAUGGACGAGAGCUAUCUUGUGAGUGGGUCCUACGAUGGAAGUGUGGCCCUAUGGGACUAUAGAAAAGGAAAACUUCUAAGGUAUUUUAAAUCGCAUUCUCUUAGAGUCUACUCUGUCUCACUCUCGCCAAGCUAUGUAGCUUCCGGGAGCCUUGAUUCCAGCGUCCAUAUUUCAGCCCUUGAUGGAAGGCUGCUGUGUUCGUACAAGAUCCAUCGUUCAUUGGUGAUUUGGCUCAAAUUUGUUGGCAAUGGACGUUAUCUGCUUAGUUCUGGUGCAGACGGGAUUUUGUGCAAGUGGGAUGUUUUAGAAAAUGCUCUUGUGUACAAAAUAGAAGAGAACGGACACAUAACAGCACAGGCGGUUGUCGAAGAUCUUCUAAUAGUUGGAACAAAGAGAGAGGUAAAGAUAUAUAAUCUGUCGAGCGGACAGUUUAUCCGAACAUUAUUUUCUGCUUCUUCCUUGAUAAGCAAGGUUGAGGUGUCUGGAAGGUGCAUAUCUAUUGGAUAUUAUUCUGAUUCCGGGGCCUGCAGGCUUGUAGUGUUUAAUUAUUAA